UUGUAUCACCUGCGAAGUGCAUUGCAACCUGUGCACUGCUGCCCGCGGGACGGAGACCAGUAGCUCCGCAGCUUCUCUGCCGACGCCCCUCCUUCUCCUCCGGUACUCCUCCGAGCACAAUGCGCUGAUAUCCGCACGCUCGGUAAAAGAAUGAUUUCUUUUGUGUCGACAGUACAGGGUGUUCCCAGAGAUACGGGCACCGCAAGCCUUUACCAGCGGAUCAGAAAGGUCUUGACGAGGGACCUGCUGGUGACCUUGGCCCUGGGUCAGGUCCUGUCCUUGUUAAUUUGCGCUUUAGGUCUGACAAGCAAAUACCUGGCGAAUGACUUUCACGCUAACACUCCAGUGUUUCAGAGCUUCCUCAACUACAUCCUGCUGUUUCUGGUGUACACUACCACGUUGGCAGUCAAGCAAGGGGAAGGGAACUUGCUGGCCAUUCUAAUGCAGCGCUGGUGGAAAUACAUGAUUCUGGGUGUCAUAGACAUUGAGGCCAACUAUUUGGUCCUUAGGGCUUACCAGUACACUACACUGUCCAGUGUACAGCUCUUAGACUGUUUUGUCAUCCCAGUGGUAUUGCUGCUGUCCUGGUUCUUUCUCCUAGUGAGAUACAAGACUGUCCAUUUUGUCGGGACAGGUCUAUGUUUGCUUGGCAUUGGCUGCAUGGUAGGAGCUGACAUUCUUCUUGGUGGACAGCAAGGCUUUGGAGAGCAGAAGCUGUUUGGGAAUCUGCUAGUUCUGGGAGGAGCUAUGCUGUACGGAAUAUCCAAUGUAUGCGAAGAGUUUAUUGUAAAGAACUUGAGUCGUGUUGAAUUCCUGGGCAUGUUGGGACUAUUUGGAUCCUUCUUCAGCGGCAUUCAGCUGGCUAUCAUGGAACACAAAGAGCUUCUAAGAGUAUCCUGGAACUGGCAGAUAGGUCUUCUUUAUGUUGGUUUCAGUGCCUUCAUGUUUGGCCUUUACAGCUUCAUGCCUGUUGUGAUGAAGAGGACUAGUGCCACCUCAGUCAAUCUGUCUCUGCUCACAGCUGACCUUUACAGUCUGUUCUGUGGCCUCUUUCUCUUUCACUACAAGUUCUCGGGUCUCUAUCUGUUGUCAUUCUUCAUCAUUAUCUUGGGCCUGGUUUUUUACUCCUCCUCGUCAACGUAUGUGGUCCAGGACCCACGAGUCUACAAGCAAUUCAGAAACAAAGACAAUCAAACACCAUAUGAACCACCUCCACUUUGCCCUAGAGUCUUGGAGCCCACUGUCAUCUACACUACCCUGAGCCCUGAGCAAGGAGACGAGUUUCCUGUUAAAGUAGCCUAAGAACUGGGAUAGAGUUAAGUGCAUUAGCCUGAUAAACUUGUGAGUCAGGUGCAACCCCCAGGUUUCCCUUGUAUACAAAUGAAUAGUGCUAGGCUUUGCCCAAUCUGGUAAGCAGGAUAGCUGGGAUCACCCAGGUAAGUCAUGGUAUUCAUUUUAUGGUCUGAAUGGAGAAAUGUCUCCAUGCUCAUAAACACAAAUUCAUUUAGCUACAUAUUGUAUGUACUGAGAAAUGACUGACCAGAAUGUAAUUUAAACACAUAGCAAUGUGAGUUGAGUUCACGGUCAUCAAAGACUGUGCAUAGAGUAUAGUAGCUGUAUAUGAUGAUGUAAAGAGAUGGUAUUGUAAUUUUUAUGUUAUCACGUAUUUCUUCUAAUAUUUGCAAGAGGAUAUUGUAUGGAUGUAAACUAUCGUCUGCCCAAUAUUGCUCUUAUUUCAAAGAAAGAAGUUCAAUAAAUUUACAAAAAUAAGUGCACAUUGUAUAUAAUAAGAAGGAUUCUCUGUAGGAUCUGAUUGUUUGCAGGCUGAAAGAAGGAUAACUAUAUUCUAACGCCCUGUUUUCCACAGUGUAAGUAUUAGUGAGGCGUGAAAGAGAUUUCAAAUUCAGUGUUAUAUUUGUCAUAGGCCCUAGAAUGUUGAAUUCAGAAUCCAGCACAUGUUUGUGAGGUACAUUUUGGUUUUUCAAGAGAUGCAUUCAGAGGAGUCAUGUAUCAUCUGGACUGCUGUUACAGCUGUAUACUGUUUUGUAUAAUACAGGUCAUUGUUCAAAAUGUUUUUGUUGGUUGCUUUGAUUGAAAAAAAAAAAAGUACAGUACAUACAGUGAGAUCAACCUUAACUGAGUUUUAUUUAUCGGACACGGUUUUUAUGUAUAAAUAAUUGUAUGCAAUUGGAACAUAAAAAACAAAGGUUGACAAAACAUAACUUAAUUGCGUGCAACCAAUGUACAUUUUUUUAUGUUAAUCCCACAGGUUAUUUUUUUCAGUGUACUCUAGUGGUGUACAUGACAGAUGAUUCAUUUCAAAUAAUAAAAUAUAA